AUGGCGUGCAAUAGUGGUGGUCAUGUUUCCACAGUUAAGACUGGAGUAACCGGUUAUCUAUGUGAACCCACUCCAGAAGGUUUCAGCAAGGCAAUGGCUAAAUUCAUCGGAAAUUCCGAGUUAGCUGGCAGGAUGGGUACUGAAGCUAGGAAACAUGUCGUUUACUUGAUCUUUACCAAGACGUUAGGACAAAGAUUGAUAUCUUGCUCCAGUAACUCAACACCCUGGAUGUAUCCACGCAUCACUACGCACACCCCUGGUACAAAGCGCCACAUCGCUGUCCGCCUCUCUUUCAAGACGCCGGCCUGUCUCUCAAGAUGCCUCGUCAAGCCACCGACGAUGGAUUGGGGUAAGAGAACAACCUUUAUCUACCCCACAUCCAACAAACACCAACACCAAGCAAGAGGAUCCACACGCCUUCCACGGUCCCUCCACCUUACUUCUGUUGCAUGA